AUGCCGCAGGCUCAGCCGGAACUGAAGAAGUAUUUGGACAAGCGUCUCUUUGUGCAGCUUAACGGCUCUCGCAAGGUCAUCGGCGUUCUCCGUGGUUACGAUGUCUUCUUGAACAUUGUGCUCGACGAGGCUGUCGAGGAGAAGGCUGGUGGCGAGAAGGUCCGCAUUGGCAUGUGUGUCAUUCGCGGUAACUCAGUCGUCAUGCUCGAGGCCCUCGAGCGCAUUGGCGGCGAUGAGCGCCCUGGCAGGUAA